AUGCACAAGGACCUCAUGAACCACGACUCGGCCAAGCUCGAGCAGGCCAACACGUCGGUGCAGGCGCCGGUGCCCGUGCGCUUCGCCAAGCACGACCCGGAGGACCCAGCCGAGGGAUGGAGCCGGCUCAAGCGCUACCGAGCACUCGGCCUCGCCAUGGCGGUGACCUACUGCUCGGCCUUUAACGCGUCGGCCAACGGCGCCGCCAGCGGCGGUUUCCGCGCCGACCAUCCAGGCGUCACGGCCAACGAGUUCCAGGCGUCGUCCUUCACCUACCUCGCCAUGCUCGGCAUCGGCCCGCUCGUGCUCGCGCCCGUCUCGGAAACGUUCGGUCGCCGCCCCCAGAUCUGCAUCUGUACCUUCAUCAUCCUCGUCCUCUUCCUCGGCCAGGCCUUGGCGCCCAACGUCGAAUCGCUCAUCUUCUGCCGCCUCAUCCAGGGUGUCGCCGCCAGUGUCGAGGGUCCGGUCGCCGCCGGCGUCGUCGCCGACCUUUGGCCCAAGCGCAUUCGCGGCCCGGCCAUGGGUAUCUUCGUCCUCUGCGUCUUCACCGCCAACGCGACUGGCCCGACGGCGAUGAACUGGGCGGCGCAGAAGCUCAACUGGCACUGGGUCUACUGGAUCCAGAUGUGCUCGAACGGCCUGUGCUUCUUCCUGUGCCUCUUCUUCUUCCCUGAGCCCCGUGCCGACGUCAUCCUCGGCAAGCGCUGCAAGCAGCUCGAGAAGGAGACGGGCCGCCCCCACUACGUCGACGGCGCCGAGCAAUUCGAGGGCUGGUGGAUGGCGCUCAAGAUCUCGUCGACGCGCCCUCUCCUCUAUCUUUUUACCGAGCCGAUCGUCAUGGCGCUCGCACUCUGGGUCGGCGUCGCUUGGGGCAUGGUCUUCCUGUACAUCGGCGCGGUCGUGCACGUCAUGCGCGAGACGUACGGCUUCUCGCAGGGCCAGGGCGCGACGUGCCUCAUGACCGGCUGCAUCGGCGCCCUCAUCUCGUACGGCCUUCACCUUACCGUCCAGGAGCCGAUGUACGCUCGGGCCGUCGUUCGCGGCCACGGCAAGGCCAGGCCCGAGGUCCGCCUCUACUCGGCGGCGGUCGGCGCGCUCCUCUUUGCCGGCGGUGCGUUCGGCUUUGCCUGGACCGCCCGAGAGUCGAUCCACUGGAUCGUGCCCUGCAUCUUCGUUACCCUCACGAAUGUCGGCAUCUACUCGAUCUACCUCGCGACAUACCUUUACAUCGGCGACGUCUACGACCGCUACUCGUCGUCGGGACAGGCCGCUCAGUCGCUCCUUCGCAACAUCCUCGGCGCGACCUUCCCCUUCUUCGGCGUCACCAUGUACGACAAGCUCGGCUUCGACUGGGCGUCGAUGCUUGUCGGCUUUAUCGCGCUCGCUCUUGCCGUCGUUCCAUGGGGCUUGAUCGCCGUCGGUCCCAAGCUGCGCGCCAAGUCGCGCGUCGCUCGCUCGAUGGAGCAGCACGAGGGCCAGGUCCUCGCCGACGACGUCGAGCCGCCCCAGAUGACCGAGGUCGAGAUGCCCUAGACUCGACGCUCGACGGCGCGGUAACGUUCCUCUCUGCUAGAGUUCCCCUACACGUCCAAGGACCAUCACGUACAUCUGUAGAGCUGUGCAUCCCAGACUCGAGUUUCUCUCGUGCUGCUUCC